UGUAUUUCUGUCUGUUUGCGUGUUUAUUUCGGUGUUUGUGUGUUUAUUUAGUUCUGUGUUUCACCCCAGAGGGUCUAAACACUCUUUAAUUUGUGAUUACACGCUUAAAAAGCGGAUGAAAACGGAUCACGGCGAGUCAUGUUCUCGGAUGUAGCUGAGCCGAAGGCGACUCUGCUGGCUCCUCCAGGGACGGCGAGGCCGGUCUUCUCCCGGGAUGAGCGCUCUUACCGCGGCUGCGGCGAGCGGUUCGGCCUGGGGGAGCGCAGCUUUCAGCGGCAGUACGCGCACAUGUACGCCGCCCGGCUGAUGCAGAUGCGGGGCAUCCUGAAGGAGAGAGCCGGGCAGAAGUGGGGUACCGAGGUGCCGGUCAGGAAGCUGUGUGACCUGCAGACGGGAGAGCACUGCGCUAUCGUCGGAACCUUAUUCAAACAAAUGGAGCUCCAGCCAUCCAUACUGAAGGAGAUCAGCGAGGAGCACAACCUGCUGCCCCAGCCUCCUCGUGCUAAAUACGUCAGCCCGUCAGAUGAGCUUAUUUUGGAGGACGAGCUGCAGAGGAUCAAACUGGAGGGCAAAAUGGAAACCUCGAAGUUUGUUACUGGGAGUGUGAUCGCGAUCCUGGGUGCGGAGAAGAACGAUGGUAAAUUUACCGUGGAGGAUUACUGCCUGGCUGACCUUCCUCCUCAAACACCCAGAGAGCCUCUGAACGCAGACAGGUUUGUGCUCCUGGCGUCUGGUCUGGGAUUGGGCGGCAGCGGAGCAGACAGCAUGCUGGGAUUGCAGCUGUUGAUCGACAUGGUCACAGGUCACCUGGGUGACCUGGGGGAGCAGAGCGGGGCAGCGUCCAUCUCACGGGUCCUGCUGGCUGGAAACCUCCUCAGUCAGAGCACGCAGGACAAGGACUCCACCACCAAGGCGAAGUAUCUGACCAAGAAGACUCAGGCAGGCAGUGUGGAGGCCAUCCGGCUGCUGGAUGAGCUGCUGGUUCAGCUUGUGGCCUCUGUACCGGUGGAUGUGAUGCCGGGAGAGUACGACCCCACCAACUACACUCUGCCCCAGCAGCCCCUGCACCGCUGCAUGUUCCCCCUCUCUGUGCCAUAUCCCACCCUGCAGCUGGUCACCAACCCCUACCAGGCCGUCGUGGACGGAGUCCGUUUUCUGGGCACCUCUGGGCAGAACGUGAGCGACAUUGUCAAGUACAGCAGCAUGGACGAUCAUCUGGAGAUCCUGGAGAGCACCCUGCGUCUCCGUCACCUCGCACCUACUGCCCCCGACACGCUGGGUUGUUACCCGUUCUACCAGCAGGACCCGUUCAUUAUGCCCGAGUGCCCUCAUGUGUACUUCAGUGGAAAUGCACCAGCGUACCAGUCCAAACGCGUUACAGGGCCUGAAGGGCAGGACGUGCUGCUGGUAACGGUCCCCGAGUUCAGCAGCACACAGACAGCCUGUCUGGUGAACUUGCGCACUCUCGAGUGCGAGCCGGUCUGCUUCUCCUCCUUCUCCGCUCAGGACGAGGACAACGAGAUGAACAUCAGCCACUAAGCUCACGUAUCACCAUCGCCAGAGUGAGAGCUUUAAACACACUGGGCAAAUUAUUAUUGGGUCCGAGUAGAAGUGUUGAUCAAAUCACUGUGAUGGACGCUGAGAACUGCUUUUAAUGUACUUCAAGGGAAAAUCCACCACUUUUUCACAUUUUGGGAGAUGGGUGGAAUUCCCCUUCCCAUAUCAGUAGUAAAAGUACCAAGUUAUUUAGACUGUUACGUUAUUCCGGUGAACUGUUUCUAUUAUCCUGAGCUGUGUGGCUGCAGAGAUUAAAAACUCAUUUACCAAUUUAUGCCUGCUGCUAUAAAGGUCUUCUUAAUAGAAACCUUUUAAUCAGAAUAUAAUAAACAUGUAAUAACUCGUUACUUUUGGUUUUGAUGCAUGAAAACAGGUAAAAGCAAGAACCUUUGUACCUUGCAUACAAAUAUGGAUGGAAUAUUUCUGCUUCUAGUACAGACGGGUUGUACUUUUCUACUCCUGGUAACAGAAACGUGUGAAUUACAUGGAAUAUCUAUCCAGAAUACACAAACUGUCCAGCCGUCAGCUUCUUUAUUUGAGCAGGACCACAAAUCAACAGCUGAAGUCAUGAAGGCCAGACGACGUGUCCAGUUUAGUCCUGCCGAGUUUUGGUCAAUAUUUUCUUUAUAUAAAAUGAAUACAGAGCGAAUUACUUUAUCAAGAAAUUGUCAUUCAGUAUCUUUCAGUACCUGAGUAGGCAGUCAUUGCAGCUGUGAGCCAGUAAGCAUGCUUGUUUAACAUUCAGGCUGCUGAUUGGUUGUCUGUUACAUUACAUUGCUGUCUGAGCAAAACCUCGUAUCUCCAACAUGGUCACUUUACAGGAGAAGGAAAAAACCUGCUGUAAUUCUAAUGUAAGUCAAUGGAACCAGACGUCUUUCCCAGUCAUUUUGGGCCGUUUCUUUUCCUCCAUUCGUCAGUAAAUUUGCACAGAAUGUAAAGGGCAACAGGUAUUUUCCAAUUUUGUCAGAAACCGUAACGAAAGUGGAGAUGCGAGGUUUUCACGCAGCAGCGAAAUGCAGGUUAUUAGCAUCAGUUUCGUGAUGAUUUGGCCAUCUUAGUGUAGUUUACAGCACGUCAUACCUCUGGUUUAAGCCACACCCAUCUCAUCUCACAGUAACUGAUCUGCUCAACUUCAGAAGCCGGUAGUUUCUCUUGGACUGUCUGUACGAUUAAAAUACAGCAAACACGCGAGAAAUACAUAAACAGGCCUUUAUUAGAUGAAGAAAUAACAGUUCUUUACCUCCAGUCCUUCAACCUCGAGGACUUUUUGAGAAAAGUCCCUCCUGUAGACGUUGUGCAGUCUUCGACAAGCGAAAGGUUUGUUUACUUGUGUGCAAGAAAUGUAAAUAAAGUCCGUUUUGUAUACACGUUCUCUUUUUCUUCUGUGGGAAGCAGGUGGGUGGAUCGAAUAGAUGUGGCUAACUCUCUGAAGUUGGUGCCCAGGCUGUCGAAAUAAGCCGAGACCAGAGAGGGUGAUGCUUCGACCCACGUGGAGGACUUAAAUGAAUUAAGGAUGAAGGCUUUGGCAGAAAGCUGCGCCAGAUGCAGAGGAGUUGGUGGUUUAUAGGCUCUUCCCAAGACGUGAGAUCCGUAACAGCAAACAUUUCAACUGCUUUCGGCAGCACGAGCUGAGGGAUGAGUCCAAACCCGAAAUU